AUCAGAUUGUCACUUAUUUUUGGAGGCUGCAUGUGUCUGGGUUUUCUGGUUUUACUGUAGGCUAGCAUAUGUUCAUUCAUGAUUAGUGUUGAUUCAAAUGUGCUGUGACUUAAAAAGAAUCCACAUGAUGAGUGCAUACUAUAAAGGAUCCAAAGUAAAUAUGUUUUGAUCACAUUGAGGAACUUUACUGAAGCUGUGUUUGGAGAUUCUUGUUCAGGAGAGCAUGCCCUAUAGAUCAAUUUAGAUGUGACAACUCGGGUAAUCAUAAUGAUAUGGUGAUAACAACAUGACACCCCUAUUGAUAACAAUGGUACAGUCCACAUCAUUCUCACAGACUAAUUAUCCAGAUGUUCCAACUUCACAUUUGAGGUGUGUUUUGAAAUCUGAGUCAUAAUGACAGAAACAUGUGUUAAUUAGAAGAAUAAAAGAGAUAUGUUGUGGAAUAAUAUGACAUGUUCAAGAUAUCUACCUGAAGACACAGAAUGUUUAGAUGUGGAGAUUUAUAAUAAUUGGAUUUAACAUGAUAUUUGUGAUAUUCCAGGACAUUUAACCAGAAUUGGAUAUACUGACUAAUUGAAUUUUUUAUGUCAUCUUUGUUUAAACUUCACUUCAAUGAGUGCAGGUGUGACUGUUGACAGAUGAAGAUUGAUGUCAGAAGAUAUGUCUAGAUGGUGCAGCAAGCUGGAAGCGUAAUGUCCGCUACCUGUUCUGAUUUUACCCAGAAUGCAUGGCGGAAAGAUCUGUGUACAAACUGUCAGCGGUCAAGGGCAGAACAUUCACGAGCAGCAGUGAAAGAAAAUUCUCCAGUUCCUAAAAAACGCACUUCUGUAAUCAUUAAAACAUUUGGUAGCAGUGAGUCAGAAAAUCUAAAAAAUUUAAAAAGCAGUUUGAAGAGUUCUUUAAAGGGAAAUAAUUCACAUGUCAAGCAUGCAAAUGUUAAGUUUGUGAGUGAUUUUCCAGAUGUGAUUGGACACGACGGUGGGAUAGUAAACUUAUACUCAGACGACGAAAACGAAAGUGUUUCAGAUUCCGACUCGGUUGUAGAAGAAUUAUCAUUUACGGAGGAGGAACGUUCUUUUGUGUUACAAGCUUUAGAAAAUACAAUUUGGAAUUCUGAAGUUGAUAAUUUAAACAGUGAAAAAAAUAAACCGGUCAAAACUCAACAAAAUUCCAGUAGAGAAUUUGAAGAUAUAAAAAUUUUGUCUUUAUGGAAAGCUGAUAGAUUUAAGGAUUUAAAGGACUGUGAUGCUAUCAUACCAAAACGAUACGGAACAUUUCCUUUAAGGUCAAAGUCCAAGAAAAAUUACAUCGACAGUGUUUUUAGUGACGAUUAUUUAUCAUCAAACAUGACACGGACUAAAAUAAGUUCAGUGUCUUCCAUAGGGUCAGAUAAUGAAAAACAUGAUAGUGACAAUGAACCAUCGUCUCCAUAUAAACUUUUAGAUAUCAAUGAGAUCUUAUAUUCUAAAUUUGAGGAUGUUCAAACUCCAUCAAAGGGAGAUAAUGAUGAUAAUUCUCCAAUGGAAAAUGAUGAUGAAUUUGAUCCAGAUGAGGAUUUCUUUGAUGGGUUUUUGGAUGAUUUAGAUUUAGAUUCGUCGUCUGCUGGUAUGCAACUUGUUGACAUGUUAAAUGGCGUACUUGCUAAGUAUAGUGAUAGCGAUUCUUUUCGUGGAAUAGAAGAUCACGAGAUUUAUUCAGACUUACCGAUUAAAUUGUCAAGAGAUAAGAAUAGUUCUGGACCACCAACAUUACGAGCUGAAGAUAUAAAAGCACUCAAAGGAAGCAUUAAGUCUACUAAAGAGUUUAAUGCUACUCUUGCAAAUAUUAUAAAAAAGCAGAAGAAAAAACCAGCACCAAAACCUCCAACUUCACCUCCACCACCACCUGUUCAUGCUAACCAAUCAAAAACUUCACCAGUUCAAACUGACCAAUCAAAAACCUCACCAGUUCAAACUGACCAAUCAAAAACAUUACCAUUGCAAAACAACAAAACAAAAAUUGAUAGGCAGAACUCUGAUAGCUCUUUGAAAAAGAGUUCCUCUUCAGACCAAAAUCUGAAAGAACCAAAGUUUGGUAUGGUGACCGUUGGUAAAUCUAUCAUUGAUCACGGUCAAGAGAAACCGUUAUCCCCAAAACGGUCUGCAAAUGUUUUUGAGGAACCAGAACAACCAGCAAAAGCAAAACCAGAAAACAAACCGAAGAGAGGAAUUUCAGGAUUCUUCAGAAACAUUCUUAAACGAGGCAAAGAUUCUGUGGAUCAGUCAGAUCAGAUAAACAGUGAUUCAAAUUUAUCAAAAUCAUCAGAAGUUUCAAAUACAUCAUCUUCAUCUGGUGAAAGUUAUCCUGUAACAGGAAGUGAUGAAGGUAAAUUAGGAAGUAGUAAUGAACAGACAAAAAGUAGUCCUGAAGAGAAACAAUCUGAAAGUGUACCAAAAGCUGAUAAAGUUAAAUCUACUCCACAGAAGCCUGUACCAACCAAUCCACGUGGACCAAGAACUAGCAUUAUAAUGUACAUGUCUGAGUCUUUUAGUGAGAGAAAAGAGGAACAAGAAGAGAAAGAUAUUAUAAACGGAAAAGAUUCUCCAAAAACUGAUAAAAAAGAAUUAAAAACUGUAUCUGAACAAUCAACAGAUGUAAUUAAAGAGAAAAAGCUGAUCCUGAAGCCACAAACUGCUCCUCCCCCUAGACCUCAAACACGACCAAAACCACCGCCAAACCCUAACAAACCUACUGUUAGUCCUCAGUUGUCUUAUGAUGGAAAAGGUUCUCCAAGACAAAGUAGAAAGACCAGUGAAAGUAGCUUAAGUAAUUUAGAAGAGAGUCCAAAGCAUGGUGAGGACAAUGGAGUGGUUAGACGAAGAGCAAAAAGUCCCAAAAGAAGUACAGCGCCCUCUAGGCCUGCUGUUAUACCUGUCCCAGGACCAGAUACUAAACAUUCAUUAUUUACAAAAGAACUGGAAAUGAGGCUGAGUAAGAAUACAGAUCAGACAAAAGUUAGUGUGUCACCUAAGAGUAGCCUUGAUGGUACACUGCCAAAAAAUACACAAGAACAGAAAAAAGUGACAAAAAACAAUACUGACAUUAUUUCUCCAAAACCUCUCUCUAGAAGCUCUUCUGAAAGUGCAUCACCAAAGAAUACAAUAGAUCGUAAAUCUUCUCUUGGUCCUCCACCACCAUCGCCAAUGGCAACAUCAACAACAUCAUUAAAAGACAAUAAUUCAUUAGGUAAAGAUCGUAAAUCUACAUUGGGUGCUCCUCCCCCAUCACCAAUGACGACAUCAGCGACAUCCAUUAAGGAGGAACCUUCCUCAAAAGGUCAUAAGUCAACAUUAUGUCAACCUCAAACAUCACCUAUGACAUUAUCAAUGUGUUCAAUGAAGGAUGAAACAAAGGAAGUUAUUUCUGAAAGCAGGGGAGAUCACUCUGAUACCAGUCAACAGGAAGUAAAACAAGUAGAGAAAAUAGAAUUGCCAAAUAAAGCUCAGAGUCGGCGAAGUUUUCUCGGAAAAUUAAACAGAAAAUCAAAAGCUCCUUCCAGGCCACAGUCUAGUGUAAAAAGAACUAAAUCUAUCAGUGAUUCACAAGGCAGUGAUUUACAGCCAAGAAAAAUAGACCUCUCUGAUAUAUCAGGACCUGUGAUGGUCACAGAUCCUUGUGGAAAUACUUUUCCUGUCAGUCGGAGGAACACCAUCACCAUCGGAGAGGAUCCUUCUAUGGUCUCAGGUGGUUCAACAUCAUCUGGAUCAACCAAUGACAAAUAUGAUGAAUGGCCUGACUUCUCUCCCCUUGGAUCCUUGGAUAACCUUUAUGAACCUAUUGUGCCAAAAGAAGCUCCACCCCCACCACCAGGGAAGGGAGAUAACUCUGAUAUUAAGACUAAUACAUAUGAUCCCUUGUCUGAUAAAUUUGUGGAUUUACCUGUCAGUUCUGAAGGAUAUUUAGAACCAGUUCGGACUAAUCCUUCCCAGGAUUCCUCAAAAACAGGAAGUAAAGAUGUGACUAAAAAUAACUACAAAGAUAAGUCUUCCAAGAUUGAGAACAGAAAUGUUAUUUUAGCCUCUCAGCCAAUUUAUGAGGAAAUCAACGGUAAUGAUGAUGAAAGAGAUGAAUUUGAUGAAGAUUUAGACGCAGAAUCGAUGAAAACUGAUGUCACUGAAUUACAAAAUUACAUUUCACGAAAUAUAACAGUGUCACCAUCCUCUUCAUUUACCGAGUCUGACACGUCGUCAGCAUCUGGAUCAUUAAACCGUCCAAGACCUCUACCACGUAAACGACCAAAACCUAUUGAUAGUUCCGUGUUUGAACAACCAUACAUAGCUAUGAAUAGACCAUCUAUUGGAAUGUCCCUUAACGAGUCACAGUUACGUGAGACUGUCAAUCUAUUGACGUCUGCUAAUCUACAGACACUACGGGAAAUAUACACACAUUAUGAAAAGGAAUUCAAGAAGGAUAAUGUGAAUUUAAACGUUACUGGUUCUGCAGGUCCUCUUAAAUGGAGAGAUUUUGAUAUCUAUGGAAAGCCAGUUCAUAGGUCAGAGAGGUGUAUCGUGUAUAAUGCCAAGUUACGGUCCAAUCAGUGUAGCUGUCAAUUAAUGCUGCUUCACUCCCGACCAGAUAUCAGUAUUGUAGAACACCCGAGCUUAUUACAUCCAAGUGUGAUAUUCUCUGACAUGGUCCCUCAUUCCUAUUUAACUGACGAUUUUAUCAAAACAAAUCAACUUUUACAGUACUCCAACAAACAACCUGAUUCAGCUAAAUGUUUUAUUGCUGCUGGACAGUUUGAUAUCACUGACAAUAUGAAUAAUCACUUAGCUUCCCUGGAGAAGAUUUACGAUUCUGCCACACCAUCGGAGGAACAUUUAGAGAUUUUAUUAUUUCAUGUCCUACAGAUCCUUAGUGCUAUUUCACACUGCUUAGAACACGGCUUCUCAUUAGGCGAGGCAAACUUCCGUGAUGUCUUUGUUCUUGCUCCUGGCAGUCGUUGCCAUGGGAACACAAUAGCAUUCUUGCCUCAUCAGAAACAACACGACAGUUCGCAAGUGGAGUCUAUAUGUGCGUACAUGGAAAAGUAUUUAGCCGAAAAUUUAAAUUACCGAGCUUAUUCAAAGGGAGGUAAAUUUCAUAUGGGCAUUUUUAAAAUCGGUAAAAUGUUACAAUACAGAAGAUUAGAGUCCCUUGCUCAGGUUAGGUGCUAUAUAGAAUUCUUGUUGUGGGGACCAAAAGAUACUUACUUUAAAAGUGAGAUGCAGCGAGAGAGCAAUAUAGAACCCAAACUAUCAAUAUGGUUAGAAACAGAACGGGCUAACCUUGUACAGUUCAUUGCUAAGGAGAGGAUCAUGGGAUUGAAAGAAUUGUAUUCACUAAAACAUUUUUAUCAGAUGAAGUUUUUACUGAAGGCUACUGCCUAUAUGUUGUCUGAAUGUGUACGUAAUCAUUUAUCAGAAUAAUAAUGAUGGUAUUUUGUAAUGCAUUUAAAAAGGCCACUCAUUAAAUAUCUGUCAUAAAUUAUCUUAAGUUUAACCUAUUUAAACAUGUGAAACGAGUUGUGUCAGAUAGAAAUCAUUGGAUACAUGUAAUACAAAUGAAGAUCAAAUACUUCUCGUAACCUAUUUUGAUUUUAAAAAAUCUCUUUCAAAAUUUUGUAAAUGAAAAAAGAGUUGUUAUACAUGUUAUAAGAACCCAAUAAGACAUACCAUUAUUUACUUUUAUUUCAUAAUUCCCUGUUCAACUUUAUUUGAACUUUAAAAAAAAAUCAAAGUCCUACACAUGUUUUUUCACUUGUACAUGUAUACAUGAACUUGCAUAAGGUUGAUUUUUAUCCGAUGCAGCUCAAACAUGACAAAUGAAAUGAUUAUCUACCAUUUCAUAUGUUUCAAUGUAACACUCUACACUUGUCUGAAUUAUAAGUAAUGUAUGACUUUGAUGACAAUAACAGUUUUAUUUACGUUGAAAAAAGUACAGUUAAAUGGUGCUCAUUUUAACAAUGUCUUUUACAUAUGUUUUAAAUGCGUACCAGUGUAAUUUCUUUAAAGAUUAAAUUUUUAUAUGAACAUGAUGUACCAGAAAACCAUUUUAAUUUUUUUAUUUCAUUGUAUUUUAAAAUUAUAUUUGGUACAAUCAUGACAAUUAACGUGACAGACAGGUCAAAUUUUACUGAAUAGAAUUGAGAAUGGAAAUGAGGAAUGUGUCAAAGACACAUUACAACCAGACCAAACAGCAGAAAACAGCCGCUAACUAAUCUCCAACACAGCAAGAAGAUCCUGCACAAGGAGCAUGAAAACUAACAUAGUUUAAAAUAUUUUUUUCAAAACUUUAAAAAUAAGAUUGAGUUUCAAUUCAAAAUCAAAAGGUUAUAGUUAUUUACUGUUUUAAAAGUAUUAGCCAGCAUUAGACUCAAGAUAAACCUCUGCCAUGAUAGAUAUUCUUAUUAAGAUCUAGUCAAAUACACUACAGCCAAAGUGGAUGAUGCUUUCUUUACCUGUCCACUGUGGAGAGCCAACUUAUAUCCAUAUCCACUCAAUUUAAAAAAGAUUUAAUAAAAAUUCAUACGAUCGCUUUAAAAAAAAAAUCAAAGUGAUUUUUAUGCUCAAUUCUUUAAUUAUAAUAAAAGAUCAAUUAUUUUGUUUAUUCUUGCCACUUGGACAUGUUGGAGUUCAUCAUGUUUAUCUGUUUUAACUCUUUCCAACCUCAAUUAUCAAAAAUAUAGAAGUGGCAUAUCAUCUUAAAAUGGUGGACACAAUGGAUGAGUGGAAGGACAAAUCCAUGCUGGUUGUAGUGUAUAUUGGUAACAACCUCAAUUUUAAUCUUAUUUGUUUUUAUUUAUAGCUUGGAGAAUAAUUUUUGUAACCGUCAAAUUUGCUGAUUUUAUUUUUGCAUAAAACUGACUUGUAUUCAUUCAUUUCAACAUCAGAAUUAUAUUUUAUUAUACAGUCAUGACAGUACGCCUACUUUUUAUAUUCCAGUUUUUUUCUGCUAAAUUUUAUUUUUAUAUUCUUUUUUAUUUUCUGUAAUUUUUUUUAUUAUAUGGAUAUAUAUAUAGAUGGAAUCUAUUAUAUGGAUCCAGUCACAAGAUUUAUAAACUACAUACACAUCAUAAGAAAGGCAGAAAUUUAAUUAAGAUAAGUAAACGGAUUGUACACAUGGUAUAUUGGUAGAGGCCCCAUGGUAUUGUAUCGCAGGUUUUUUCACGGGUGUAAAAUUGGUGGAAUUUAUUUUAGCAAUUUUGAUCUAUCCCCGAAAAUAACCGAAAAUUUACACCUGUGUAAAAUUCAUGAUUUAUCAAUGUAUUUUAAGCUUUUACCUAAAACAGAUUGGAAAUCCUCCAUGUAACAUAGAAGCUUAGAAUCGAUUUAUGAAAAUGAUGGACACAAACAUACUGAUGAUUUUAAGAGUUGUUCCCCUUAGUCAAGGUCUACCACCUUAAAUAAAUCAAGGUAAUUUGAUAAUCUCAAAAUUCAAUUGCCAUGAAUUGGUCUUUAGCUUAACAUGCUUAACAUAUAUCAUAAAAUAAAUUAUCCACUAAAUUAAGUUCUUACUGUUCACUCUAACCUCAAUUAUGAAGUCUUCAUGGGUGUUGUAAUGUUCUAUAUAGAUAUUUAGUACCGGUGUUAGUUGUUAUGUAUUAUUAUGUGUCUAUCACAUAUAUGAUGCCACCAUUAUAGUGAUUUGUUGCACUUUGUUUUGGUUUCAUUGGAAAUUUCAUAGAAUAAUCAGGACCUUAAUUGUUGGACAAUAUAUAGAAAUCACUAGCUAUAGCAUGUCCAGUUGUGAUGGACAAGGGUCUAAAUAAUUCAUCUACAGUGAUAAAUAGUUUGUCAGAUUGUAAGUAAAUACCUCACAUGUGAUAAACAGCUUGUCAGAUUGUAAGUAAAUACCUCACAUGUGAUAAACAGCUUGUCAGAUUGUAAGUAAAUACCUCACAUGUGGUCAAAUGUGUUCAAUUUACAUUUUAAGUGACAUCCAUUGCCAGUUUUCCUUCCAAAGUCCCAAAACUUAACAGUAUGUUAUCUGAUCAAUGUUUGUUUAAGAUUUAUUUAUUUUUUCAAAAUGUACUCCUAAAGGAUGGAAAAAACAAAAUCUUGGUUGUGAAAUUUACUUGUGAAAAACAAUCUGAAUAAUUAGAUUUCUUAAUUUAAAUUCUAAUGUUCUUAGUACGACACAUAUGGGCAUGUUAAUUUCAAAGUUCAAUCAAACAAAAAGGUUGAGGGGUUACUCAUGAAACUAAAAGGUAUUUACAUCUGUAAGUGUGAAAUGCACCUGUAAUAUAAUACCACACUGGGUUGGAAUGAAAAGUGUUCAAAGGGAGAUAACUCACAUUACAAAUGCUGAAAUCCAGGUUUUAUUCCUCCCCCCCUUUGUGAAAGAAUUUUGUUCUUCAGAAAUUAAAACCAAUAAAUUUAUCUUAUACAUAUUUAACAACACUGGCGGAUCUAGAAAUUUUCAUUAGUGGGGGCCCACUGACUGCCCUUUUUUGAAAGACUUUUGUUUCUCAGAAAUUAAAAUCAAUACAUAUAUCUAAUUAUACAUGUGUAACAAUGUUAUUAAUAAACUAGGUUUAAUGUUUUAUUUAUGUACACACUUUUUAUGACAAAUCACAUCAUGUAUAAUUAUGUGCAAUAUAUAUUGUUUAUUUUAUUUAUUAUCAAUGUUUAAUAUUGAAUGAUAAAUUUUAAGCUGUGUGCAUGUUUGGUAAGACUUUUUAUAUGGUUAUGAAAAUGUAUCUAUGGUAACAUUUAUCUUAUAUUUUGUUAAAAACACUUCUUAAUAAUGAUAAAUUAGGCAGAUUAUUUUUAGACUGAUUUGUUUUCGAUUUGUCUUCAUUAUAAUUAUUAAUCUAAUAUUUUUUUUUUAAUCAAGUUCAAGUUUUAACAUAAUAUUUCUUUUAAAGAGUAAGAAAAUAAAGUGUUUUUUAUGCCCUAUUUAUUGGCGAUAUGUUUUCUGGUCUGUGCUCUCUUCCAAUGCCGUCUGUUCGUCUUUCGUUUAUAUGGCAUAAAUGAGAAGAGGAUAUAUCUGACAGCUAUUUUCCAUACAUGACUACAAUUUAAAAAAAAGGCUAAAAAUAGGAAUUUAAGAAAUGGAGUUAAAAACCUAAACAUGUGAAUGAAGGUCAUUCAAGUGACAUUUUGUAAUGAAGGUUACUUGAGCUACAUUUUGUAAUGAAGGUCAUUUGUGUUACAUUUUGUAAUGAAGGUUAUUUGAGUUCAUUUUGUAUUGAAGUCAAUUGUAUGUACAUUGAACUAACUAGGAGAAUUAUGACAGAAGUUUUAUUCUGCUGUGUAAUUGCUUAAUAAUGUAGUCCAAUUAAUGUGUGCUAUAAUUUAUUUAUAUGUUAAACUAUGCAUUGAAAUAAACCAAUGGUAUUAGA